AAUAAAAAAAUUAAUUGAAUAAACACUUAGGUAAUUAAACUCAUGAUGAUCAUGUUUAAUUUAUUUCAGGUGAAGGGAAUGAAGGAACUGGCAAAUGGAUACAACAUUGUUGGUAUUUCCCAGGGGAACCUGGUUGGUCGAGGGAUUGUGGAGUUCUGUGAAGGAUCACCACCGGUAAACAAUUUAAUCUCCAUAGGAGCACCACAAGCUGGCAUUGCUUCAGUACCUCGUGCAGGGGGAGUACCAGUUAUUACACUGGCUAAUAACAUACUUAAAGCAGGGAUUUAUUCUGACUAUGCACAAAAACGCUUCGCUCCGAGUGGCUAUACCAAGUUACCUAAGAAUAUAAAAGGGUACUUAAAGAAUUGCAAGUUUCUUCCGAAACUCAACAACGAACGACCUAAUGAUCGAAAUCCAAAUUACAAGAAAAGACUUACCAGCCUCAACAAUCUUGUGCUUAUAAUGCAUGAAAACGAGACAGUAGUAAAGCCAAAAGAAAGCUCGUGGUUUGGAUAUUACGAAGAUGGAAACGACAAAAAGGUUUUGCAGCCGAGAGAGACAAAGCUUUACAAAGAGGACUGGAUUGGUCUGAAAACUUUGGACAAGGCAGGAAGAGUGAAGUUCAUAAAAGUGGGAGGACCUCAUGUGCAAAUGUUGGAUGAAGAUAUCAAGAAGUAUGUUAUUCCAUAUCUGCAGGACAAAAAACGUUGACUACAAAAGGAGUCAAAGAAGCUAAAAAUCAUCAAUAUAGAUGUGAGAAAAUUAAAACGAGAAUGCAAAAAUAUUAUCGAUUUUCAAAAAUGACUUUAGACAAAGAAAUUCAAGAAAGAGGGAGAUUAUUUCAAAUGUUACAAUAAAAUCCUUCAAGAAUUAAUGUGAGAAAUUCAUAUAAAAAAGUAUUUUAGUUAUUUUUCUUUUGAUUUUAGAUUCAUAUUGAUUCAAUUUUCAGAUACUUUUAUUGUAACACUCAGCUCCCAAUAUGAGAAAAAAUGUGGAAUUGAGUGUCAACUUAUAAGGAGGCUUAACCUCG